AUUGUUGAUUUGCUGUCAAUCAAGCGGCCGGGAGCAGCUGCUCCUCCCGGCUCAGACAGCCUCUCCUUCCCCGGGCGAGAGGGUUUCUCCGAGUGACGUCAGCUCCGUCGGAUUCAUCGGUCUCCCGGCAGGUUUUAUACAAACAUAUAAAGAGCGGCCGGUGAAGCCGAACACGUGUUCUUUCCCCGCGUCGUGCUCGUGACAUGUCGCUGUUCCUGGAGGACCCCGCUCACCUCUCUAAAUCCAGACUGAAAUUGGACCUCGUUGCUCACAAUGUCGCGCUGCCACCCGCUAAGAGCAGAAAGGAGGUGUAUGUGGAGUUGCACUUAAAACACAUCCAUCAGAAAAACGCAGCGGAUUUUUCCAGCGACGAGGAUGAGGAUCAAGUACAAUAUGUAGCCGACGAGGAGGACGCAGAGAUGCCCGACCCGAGGGAUUUGACUGACGAUGACCUCAUGGCCGCUCUGCUCGAACACGGGGUUAACGCUGGGCCCAUAGUGGCUUCCACCAGAGCCGUGUAUGAGAAGAAGCUCAGGAAAGUGCUUCAGUCAGAUGGACAUUGCUGUCUGAACAGAGUAGAGCAAGGUGUCAUAUACUCCGACAGUGAAGAAGAGGAUGAAAAUGGGGAACAAGAGGACGAAGAGUCAGGUUCCGAAGAAGAAGAAGGGAAUAAACAGUCGGAGCCAGCACAACCAAGGAGCCGCCAGGGAGAGUUUUGUUUUCAGAACGGUGGCUUUCUUUACCCGCAGUGCUUUUUGCCCCAAUCAAGGCUGCCUGCUCAUACUUCGAGAAACGGGGAACUGAUUCCCAAGUGGAAUUCAGGGAAUGCGAUAAAAUCAUUGGAGCGGAGUCGGCCUCGCUGCUCGCAGAUUCCCGUAGGAAUUAGUAGAGCAUCCUCUGUAGAUCAACGCUCCGGAUUAGGGUCAGAGUUUCCAUCUGGAUCAGUUAUGCCCAAUGGGGACUCAACAAUUUCCUCUCAGGCCUUCAGCAUCACUCAAAUGGUUGAGGAGAUGGAGAGUUCGAGGCCACGCUCCAUGAGCAUAGACACUGAGGGAGAUUUGAAUGGGUGCAAUGAGCAGGAGCAUUGGCCGCGGUCCAACGGGCUGGACAUAUCAACUCUGAACCAGGACACCAUGAAGAACCAGUCCCUGUACUACACCCCCAAGGCUUCCACUUAUAAUUGUGAAAUUAAGCUUUCUCAGGAGCCUGUGAAAGAUACUUUCAGGGACAGGCUUACAACCACUAAUGCCACGCCCACAAGGAUCUAUGCCACUUGUCGGAGACCCAUCAAGGGUGCAGCAGGCAGACCUGUUCAGUACAUGUACCCUGAUACUCCUGCCAGCCCCACGACCUUGGAGAGACGAGAGGUCGAGCACCGCCUUGUGCCAGUCCAGAUACAGAUUUUGGUCUUCGUCAUUGUGGUGUGCCUCUUGUACCUCAUUUGUGUUUGUGUUGAGGAAGACCCAUUUAGUACAUUUGUGGCCUUACUGGACAGUCUAAACCAGGGGUCAGAGAGUGAAGAGGGUAUUUUACUUCAGGCUGGGACACCAGCACCCUCUGAACUGGAGUAACCCGGGGGCUCUUUAAUGCGCCGCAUCGAUUUACAGCUGUGACGGUUGCUUUUUGUUGGGUUAUGCAAGCCAUAUAGACCUGAUCCUGUGAUAUGUUCAGGGAGCACAUGUUGCUUUUCUAUUGAUUGUGUGUGUCUUUCUGGGAGCAAACCCAAAAGUCUAGUUUUACUGUGUUGUAUGUUCUUGUCAGUGUUGAAACUAUUUCUAAAAAACUCAAGAAAUGAAGCUAAGACUUCAAGCGAUGUUUAAAAACGUAUAAAUCCUAAUGCUAUAUUUCCUCAACUAAACUGUAAUGUUAUGUUGCCUUUUCAGAGAAUUGGCUCCACUGUAUUUAUGUGAUGCAUGUUUUUUGUAUAUAUUUUAACCAAAUUUCAAUAAAGAAUAUGUUGCUUUAUA